AUGGCGAAAACAACACUCUUGUCCCUUGUAGCAGCAUGCCUCCUAAUCGUCCCUUCUUCUGCGAGGCCUGAGACACCUGAUAUCACCAACCACUACACUUCUUUCAAGAACCCACCUGUCACCUCGCGUCCUCUCUUCCGAUAUUGGCUGCCGGAUGCCAGUGCUGAUGUGUCAAAAGUAGCUGAAGACAUUGCUAGUGCCGGUAGUAUCGGAGCUGGAGGUGUCGAGUUGGUUCCUUUCUACCAGUAUGGAGGCCAUGGGGGUCGGUAUCCGCCAGGAGCUGACUGGGCCACCUAUGGCUUUGGAUCACCUGCAUUUGUUGAUGUUCUCGAACAAGCAGCCAAAGCUCAUGUAUCACAUGGCUUGAAGAUGGACUUCGCACUCGGUCCUAAUCAGGGCCAGGGAGUCCCUGCAGAUCCUGAUGAAGAAGGAUUGCAGUGGGAUCUGGUUCCGUUUGCCAUUCAGGUUCCUGCAAAUGGGUCACUUGACAACCUCCUUCCCGGCUGGGGCACCGGAAAGCUGGUUUCCUUGGUCACAGCGACUGUCGAUUCUCGCCAAACAAGGAGACUUGGCGCCAACCCUUUCCCAGGUGCCAGUGAUACCCACACGUCCUUUGUCCUCGCCAAUGGUAGUCUUGUGCAACAUACGGAUAAAGUCUCGACUAAAGGCAUUGUCAAGUAUAAAUUCCCCAAGACGCCUGACGGGACCGAACAAUGGGCUUUUGCAUUCUACAGCAGGAGAUCUCUCAUCAAGAAUCUCAAGUUUAGCAGCAACGAUACUAAACCUAUCUAUUCCAAUGGCUCGUACACGGUGGAUCACUUUAGCGCAAAAGGAGCAAAGGUAACCAUCAGAUUUUGGCAGAACUACAUUCUCAAGAAUAGCAAUGUGCGAUCAUUAAUCAAGCAGUGUGCAGGAGCUGGCUGGGAAGAUAGUCCGGAGAUACUCAGCACCAUAACAUGGACACCCGACAUUCCGAAGCUCUUUAAAAGGCGCCAUGGCUACGACCUCCUCACAUACUUGCCGCUUAUUAUGUAUAAGAGCAACAACCUUGCCAUACAGGCUGGAGUUCUGGGACCCUUUGAAGCCGUGCUGAACACGCCGGACAAAGGCCAAGGCGUUGUGAAUGACUUCGUCGAGAUCCUGGAACUGUGCUAUCGUGAAUACAUCACGACUCUCCGGGACUGGCUACAGACGAACCUCGGGCUGAACUUCAGAACUCAAGUUUCAUACAACUUGCCCAUGGAUAUGGGCGCUAAUGUCCCGUUUGUCGAUAUUCCCGAAGCUGAAAGUCUGGGAUUCCACGACAACCCCGACGCUUACAAACAAUACAUUGGACCAGCAGUCUUGGCAGGCAAGAAGGUUGUUUCGAAUGAACUUGGUGCCAUGCCUGGGAGACCUUAUUCUCAGCUUCUAACUGAGCUGCUCUUCUCUGCUGACGCGGCCUUCACUGCUAACACAAACAAGUUUGUUCUGCACGGGCAGCCAUACAGUGGCAAUUAUUACAACACUACAUGGCCAGGGUACACCCCCUUCCAGUACGGCUUUUCCGAGCUGUAUUCUCCUCGACAUCCCGCAUGGGAGCAUGGCCUGGAUGAAGUAUUGGGCUAUCUUGGGAGAGCACAGCAUUCAAUGCAAAUGGGCGUAGCAAAUUUAGACGUUGCUAUAUACAACAAGGUGGCCAAAACGGACCCUCUCUGGACUUCCAAUGUUUAUGCUGAGAAUGAUCUUGAGAAAGCUAGCUACACCUAUGCCUACGUCACUCCAGCAAACUUCAAGCUUCCGCAAGCUUACGUCGAUAAUAAAGUCCUUGCGCCAAAUACGGGUGGCUUUAAAGCACUGGUCCUUCCAGGCCGCAGCAAUAUCACCCUACAAGCUAUAGAAGACAUCACAAGGUUCGCCAAAGCUGGAUUGCCAGUCAUUUUGGUUGAUUCUCCCGUGUUCCUGCCGACAAACCGACGUGAUGAAGAGAUUAAGACCUGGGAUGCAUAUAAGAGCUUGCUCAAACUACCAUCUGUCCACCAGAGCAAGAAGAGUAAAGUUGCUGCUACUCUUCAGUCUCUGGGGAUAAGGCCAAAGGUCACAGCUAUCUCUGACAAGCUAUGGAAGCAUGCACGUAGAUGGGAUCCGCCUUCAACCGGGAUCGUCAAGAUUGCCUCCAAAGGUGUGCCUUACUGGUUCGAUGCCUGGACAGGCACCCAAGAGCCAGUUCUUUUCUACAGCGCUGAUAGACUUUAUGGAACUAUCAACAUCCCCUUGUCACUAGCAGCCAACCAGACAGCCAUCAUAGCCGUAAGCAACAAGCCGCUCAAGUACGUUGAGACACCAGUCGUCCACAUUUCCAAGAAGCCGGCUGGUAUUUUGGGGGGCAAGCUUACAAACAGGCACGAGAUAGAGCUUCAUGCUACCUCAAGGAGCUCUGGUGGCAGGGUAACACUGAGUAACGGAGCUUCACAUUCUAUCAAGUAUUUUGACUCGCCCGAAGAAAUACAGCUCGAGAAAUGGACCUUGACUGCGGAACAUUGGGAAGCGCCGUCAAACUUUUCAGAUGCAUCUGCGAUUGCUUCGAAGCGUAACUCGACACACACCUUGACAGCUCCUCUCAAGUCCUGGACAGAACUCGGUCCAGAGCUCACCAACUCUUCUGGCCUUGGCUACUACCGCACAUCGUUCACGUGGCCACCCUCACAAUACUCUACCAAGAACCUCGAUGGUGCGUACGUCAAGUUCGAGCCAGUCAUGCAUGCUAUGAAGUUGUGGGUGAACGGAAAGCGUCUACCUCCUGUCGACCCCAGGAAUCCCGUUGUAGAUCUUGGUCCUUUUAUGAAGCGUGGAGAGAAUGAGAUCUUGGCUGUUGUCCCAACUACAAUAUGGAACUAUGUUAGGAGUCUUCUUCCCAGGAUUAGGAAUGCAGGUGAUACUCCACUUGAGAUUUCAACUCAGGAUAUCCAGCUGAAAUGGCCGACGCCGGCUAAGACGGACAACGGGUUGGUGGGGAGGGUGUAUCUCGUACCUUAUCACAAGGUGACUUUGAGGCUCUGA